GAAGAAGAAGAAGAAGUUGGGCAGGCAGGCGGCAUCGGAGGCAGGCGGACGAACGGAGCGCCUGCGUCCGCCCUCCCAGAUGCGACGUGCACGGGGGGGCAUCAGAAGCCACGCCGAGCGGAUCACGGUGGCGUCCGCGCCCGCUUUCGCCACACUUUUGCCGGAUCCAGGGCGAGCGACAUGCCCUUUUUCAAGCGGCUGGUGGAGCCCCGGUCCCUGUGCCGCCGCGCGGACCCGGACCACGACGAGGCUGGGGGCUCGCCCCUGCAGGACCUGCUGUCCGUCAGCCAUGUGGCCCUGGCCCGGAGCCUCCGCCAGCUGUCCGACCUGGCCAAGCACGCCUGCUCGGUGUUCCAGGAGCUGGAGGGCGACCUGGUCGCCACCGGCCGAAGGCUCCGCGGGCUGCAGCGGAAGGUGGGCCGGCUGCAGGAGACCUGCUGCCGGCUGGACCCCAGACAGGAGCCAGUCCCCGUAUCUGACCUGGACGCGGAGAGCAAGCUGACGUGGCACUACCGGGCCCCCUGGCACAAGCAGCGGAACGUCCUGCGCCCGACCACGCGGCCCCCCUGCGUCGAGCAGCUGCACCGGGACGCCCACCCGGGCGACCUCCACGCAGAUGGUCGCCGGCGGCGCUCGUCCAGCAGGGGGCGCCGCGUGACGCUCUUCAUCUCGGCCCUGCCGUCCGUGCCGGCGAGCCCGACGACGCCCGCCGCCAGGAAAGCCAGGAAGGGCCCGCGCGUGAUGGCGUUCCCAAGUUCCCGCCCGCCCUCCCCCACCGAAUGUUGCCACUUCUCUCCGUGGAACAGAAAGGCGGCGACCUCCGACCCGGCGUCCCCGGGCCAGCGCUCCAAAGCGCUGCCCGUCCCCAACACGCCGACCACCUUGGACAAGCAGACCAACUGGUCGCGAGCGCUGCCGCUGCCGACGCCCGAGGAGAGGAUGAAAUGCGACUCGCGGGGGGUCGCCUCCUGCGUGGUCCCCAUCAACGUCACCGGCGCGGGCUUCGACAGAGACGCGGGGGCUCGCCGCUCGCUGGUCCACUCGCAGUCGUUGCUCCAGCGCAGGCGGAAGCUGCGGCGGCGCCGGACGCUGGCCGGCGUUCCCGGGCAGCUGCGCGACUUUGCCUUUGCAGACUCGGACGACUCGCCCGGCUCCCGAGAACGCGGCGCGAUCGUCCGCGCCGGCUCGGACGUCAGCCCGUCCGACGAGGAUCUGGCCAAUCAUCUGGUCACCAGAGACUCGGGUUGCCAGACCGAGGACUUCUUGAUCUCCGGGGCGCCUUCGCGCAGGAGGAUCCGGGCUCAGCGCGGCCAGCAGGGGGCGGCGCUGUGCUUCUCUCGAUCGGCCGGCGACAUCGCCGCGCUGCGGGACGUCCCCGACGACGCCUUCGCCGCCCGGCAGCGGACCCGAAGUCUGCCCCGAGACGGCAGCCGGACGAGGACGGACGAGGACGAAGACGUGACGGAGUUCUCGGCUUUAAACGGCGAGGAGGACUUAAUACCGAAGGACGAGGAGGAAAGCGCCGACGAGCAGGCCGGGUCGGGGCAGCUCUCGACGACGCCGGAGCGGGUCUGGGCGGAGAGGGCCCGCUCGCGGCCGACCCGGACAGGCGACGCGGGCAGCUGCGACGCGUCGUCCGGUUCCGACACCUUCGGCAGUCCCGCGCACUCCGUGUCGGCUGCCGGCGUUUUGGGGGGCCCCGCGGACCACAAGGACGACCACCAGUCCUCCAGCGGCAACUGGAGCGGCAGCAGCUCCACGUGCCCCUCGCAGACCUCGGAGACCCUCGCCCCGGGGACCUCCCCGUUGGCCCGUUGCGAUUCGGAGCUCUCCCUGAACACCGCCGGCCAUCCCGGCGACGACCACCCCGGCUUCACGCCGGAUCCCUACGCCGGGCUCAGGACCCGGAGGGUGGGCUCCUUCUCCUCCACGGCCAUGGACAUCUUAGAGGAGGCGGGCGCGUGGAACUACUCACGCCCGGACCCCCCUGGUCAGCCUCGGGACCUCAGCCCCGAGUCCAACAGGGAGGCGGGCAGCAGUCUGGGCUGCCCGAGCUUCGCCAGCAUGGCCACGUGCGAGAGCAGCUUUUCCGACAAGCCUCCCUCGGAGAAAGCCGACACGGCGUCUCACUACUCGGAGGACACGGAAGGCUACUACACCUCCAUGCACUUUGACUGCGGUCUGAAAGGCAGCAGGAGCUUCACGUACUUUUACUCGGACCACGCGGCUCUGGGGCCGCGCUGCCUGUCUUUGAGGAAGCCGAAGGCCAAGCCGCGUCCGCCCAGGCGCAGCUCGUCGCUCCGGACCGUACGCGACGAGGACGGCGUGUCGGACCUCGGGGAGAAAAACCUGCAGCUGGUUUUGUCCGGCUCGUCGGGCCACAUGGCCAAAGAGGUGCCGGGGGUCUGGGAGGCGGGGGGAUCUUUGGAGCUGCCCUAUUUGGACAUCUUCGGCUCCGCGGCUGCGCAUUCCUUCAAAGACGAGGGCGUCGUCCAAGCCGACUACGCCGACCUGUGGCUCCUCAACGACUUGAAAUCCAGCGACCCGUACCGGUCUUUGUCCAACUCCAGCACGGCCACCGGCACCACGGUGGUGGAGUGUGUCAAAUCGCAGGACAGCUCCGAGUCGCAGGCGUCCCGGUCGGGCUCCGGGGACACCACCCCCUCGUUGACGCCCGCCGAGGGCGACUUCAAGCUGGCGGGCCUGGCCAGCCCCUCCAGCGGGUACUCCAGCCAGUCCGAGACCCCCACCUCCGCCUUCUUUCCCGGCCCGCUGUCUCCGUCUAGCGCUAAGCGGAAACCCAAAGUACCGGAGAGAAAGUCAUCGCUCGCCUCCAAGCCGGAGCCGGAGGUACCCGUCGUCCCCUCGUCCCGCACAGAUUCGGGUGCUUUUUGCUGCGUCGCCGACGACCGGACGCCGAUCCAAGAUCACCAGCGCGUAGCCGAGUCGCCGACCGGACCCUCCCUGAACAUCACCGUCCAGCUGCGAUCCAUUCGCAAGGAACUCCAUCCCGACCCCGAUGACGGCAGCUGUUCCGCCGCCACCUGCCGCGGCGCGUUCGCCAAUCGAGCGCCAUCAGAAUUGAACAGCCGGCGCUCGGCCGGGCUCGACCCGCCGCGCCCGUCUGACGAGGAGCUCGUCAAUGGCCAGAUGACGGCAGAAUCGGCGGCGGCGUCGCCAGCGGCGGACGGGGAGGCGCGAGAGGACGCCGCUGAAGAAGAUCUCGGUCCCUCCGCGCCGAGUCCACCCGCCGCUCCGGACCGAACGCCCGUCGCGGAUCCGGGAAGUUGCGACGGGAACCGAGACCCGGCGUCGCCGGAGAAUCCGGCGGGAAACCGGGAAGAAGAGUCUGGCGCCGAGGAGAACCCGGGCCAAGACUCGACGUCGCCGCCGAGCGCCGAAGGUCAGGCGGGGGACGACGACGACGGCGUCUUCCUGUCGCCCGCCAGAAGCCGAACCACGGACGACCUCUUCGCCGCCAUCCACAGGUCCAAGAGGAAAGUGUUGGGCCGGAAGGAGUCCGGCGAGCUGCCCGCGAGGAACGGUCCGUCGUCCUCCGGCGGCCCGACAACGCCGCCGCCCGGGGCCGUCCGCUCCCCGGGCCCCGCCACGUCGCCGUCGGGGGCGUCGCCCUCGGGCCCGCAGAGGGCCCCCGGCGCCAUCUGCCGGAACGUGAAGAAGUCCAGCACCUCCAACGAGGAAUUCAAGCUGCUUCUGCUCAAGAAGGGCAGCCGCUCCGAGUCCGGCUACCGCAUGUCGGCCGCCGAGAUCCUCAAGAGCCCCGUUUCCCCUAAAGGUCACCCGCCGGGCGAGCAGGCGGCGGCGGAACCGCUCGAGGCCGAGGGCUCCUCGCCCAAAGCCUCGGCCUCGCCGUGCUCGUCCAGGACGGGCCGCGCCAGGAUCCCGCCGCCCGCCAACAGCAGCCGCUACGCCGCCCGCGCGCGCUUCUACUCGGCGCCCAUGCAGGCCAUCUCCGAGGGCGAGGCCGAGAACUCGGACGGCGGCCCCCACGACGACGAGCCGCCGCCGCACCCGCAUUUCGCUUGAUGACCCCCCCCCCCCCCCCGCGGACGCGGCCCGCUCAUCUUCUUCCUUGGCGCCGUCGCCUCCUUGAUAUCGUAUCGUCUCUGAUAUUUUCCAGAAACAAAAUAAUUUGUUUGGAAUCAUUGAAAAUAACCAUCAUUCAAAAUUGUUCACAGAAACAAAGUAUUAUGCAAGGGAAAAAAAUAAUAGGAAAUUACUUUUUAAAAUGAAUUUAAACUAAUCAUGAUUUUUUAAAAUUAAAAAAAUAUAUAUAUAUAUAUUUCUCAGAAAAUAGUGCCAUUUUUAACAAAAAAGAAGUCAGAUUUCACGGAAAUGCAGAUUUUUUUUAAAGUCUAUUUUAAAGGUGAAAAAACAAGAAAGAAGAAAAAAAGUGAAUAUUUUCAAGAAAAAAAGUAUUUUUCGAAAAAACAUUUUGGGUGAGGGGAAAUUAUUUUAAUUAAAUUUAAUGAAAAUGUUGACUUUGCCCUCAAAAAUAUGAGUUCGUUUUGGUAAGAUUUUGCCUUUCUUGAAAAAGAUAUCCAACUUUUGGCUCAAAUAUUAUGCACCGAUUUUGCAUAUUUGCAUGGCAAGUUUCAUAGCUUGUCAUGAGAUAACUUUUUCAUAUUUCUCUCUUCAUCAUGUUUUUUUUACUUCCCUCCCCAACUCAAAAACAAUUCUUUAAAAAUGAGAAAUUCCUAAAAAUAAAUAUAAAAAAAGAUAUUUUUCUUGAAUUUUUUCCUCCAACAUCUCUAUAUAUUUAAAUAAAAUUAGGAUAAUUUUGAUCAUUCAUAUUGCCUCUCAUAAAAGUAUUUUUAUCCCCUGAAAAUAUUUAUUUUUUGUUUAAAAAAAAAACAAAAAAAGAAGACAUUUUUCCCCAAAAUAGGUUUUUAUUCCCACCCCAUAAAUAUUCAACCUAUUUUUUUUAAACCAGACUUUCGAUUUUUGAGACGUUUCUUGACGUUUAUCCCCCCUCAAAAUAUCUGAAAAAUUCUCCAAAAAAUGCUGCUUUUAACUAUAAACGAAUUCCUUUUUUUGUUCUUUAAAUUUCAAUGAUUUUUUUUUCUGUCGCGUAACUCUUCCUUUUUUCUUCUCGCUUUCUCUCCGCACUUGCGCUUCGCAGCGACCAGAACCCGAAAAAGAUGAUCCGCCAAACCCACAACUCGUCGGCGCGUUUCGGCCACGACCACUCGCGAGAUAUUUUGAAAAUGCACAAAAAAAAAAAAAGGUUGACGGCAAACUGUGACGGCAAAGCGCAAGUCGAAAAAGAAGAAGCGCCGGAAGUUGAAAUGAUGGCGAGCAAAAAAGUCUUGUAGUGGGCUUGGCUUGACUUGGUGUGUUUUUAUUCUUUUUUUUUUUUUUUUUUUUUUUGAGGGGGGUGCGAAGAAGUGUUUGUAGCAAAAGGUUUUGGGAAGUGCCGAGCGUGUCGGAGGCAGGUCGGACGCCGAAGCGGUCGGUGGCGCCUCUUCCGCGCUUGCAGGGAUCGAUCCAAUCUUUUUUUCAGAAGCAGCUCGACUAGGACGUCUCCUCGUGGAAAUGAACUUUAUGCAUAUUACAUGAAUCGCUCCACCUCCGCUUGGCCUUCAAACUUUUCCUUGCGCUAACUGCUGACUGUAAAUAGGAUCCACGUUGUCGCGGCAACGAGGCUAACGCAAAGAAUUUGACGUCAUUCCAAGUUUGGUUGUAAUUUUGUAGCACUGAUCACGUGAUUUUGGCGCCCUUUCUUUGUGUUUUUGCCGGCUUUCGUCACACAAGAGCGGCACCGUUGCGUUUGGAGGUGCCGGCGACAGCGCCACCUGGUGGACGUCCGGGUGGGAGUUUGGGACUGAAGCGGCGACGGAACCAGCGUUUGUCCAAUCGUGUACAGUACAAGCAAAAACAAAGAUAACUAAAAGUGUUUACAUGGACUUGAAAGUGUUGUACAUUUAUGAGUUCUUGUCUUGUAUUUAUUUUCUUUGUAAACAACGUGAUGGAGUGAAAAAGGAGCAAUAAAUGUGACUGCUUGGAAAAGAAAAACAAAACUGGCGUGUUGGUGAAACUCGGCAACCGCACGGCCGCAGUGGCUCCCCCUGGUGGUGG